CAACUUGCAGGGGUUGAUUCUUACACUGUGGAUCCCAGGGAUGGAUCUUAGGUUGCCAGCUUUCAUGGCAGGUGCCUUUACCUGCUGAACCAUCUCUCCAAUCCCCAAGCCUGGCUCUUAACAGCUUGUGCCACCCCAGGUUACCUGUGUGACAUUGUUGGUGCAGUCUUCUUGGCCAGGCUGGGGAGUUCACAGAGCAGGAUGUCCUGGGGAUCCCAUGGAAGAAGUGAGGCAGUAAAUCCACCAGCUCCAUCCUUAAUCCCUCUUGGGUGUUCAGACAAGACACCGAAGGCUGGAAAGAAAUUGUUCCAGAAACUUGGUCAUCUAUGAAAGACCCUGGCAAGGUCGCUCACAGCUGAAAUAGGUUCAUUUGGUUUCAUCUGUUGCUGUUUUGACCCUUUGAGAGGGAGGGAAGCCACAAACACUGACCUGCUGUUCUGAGGUGGCCGCUGUGUGGGUGACCAUUGCUCCUGAGCUCAGGUGAGAAGGGGCACCAAAGUACAGGGUUCUCUAAGGUAGGCUUAUCUCUAGACCAGAGGCUUCUGUAGUGUAACAGAGCUAGAGACAAGCUAAACAGGGUUCUUGCCAUGGUCUCAUCAUGAUGUCAUCUGUGAGGUCUGGCUAGCUGCUUGGGGACUGCUCAAACCAUGAGGGCUGUCCUGGCCAAAGAGACAGGUGGGGUGACACCAGGUUAGUAAGUGAGCUCAAUGCUGGCCCAGCCCCACCUCUGGGGACCCAGCUGAUGUCACCAGAGUGAGCCUGGGGAGCAGAGCAGGGCGGGGCUGAUCUGGGAAGAUCUCCUUGCCUCCGACUCUGCUAGGUUAGCUGGGCACCUCCAGUUCUGACUUGCAGCAUGCCCUCCCACCAGACCACAGACCCCUCUCCAGCCCGGGGCAGCCCAGCCCUGAGAGAGAUGGAACCCAAGGACCAGCAGCUCAUGGUGGCGCUUCGGAUCCGUCCGCUCAACAGUACAGAACUGGAGGAAGGGGCCACCGUCAUCGCCCACAAAGUGGGGGACCAGGUAGUUGUGCUCAUGGAUCCAGGCGAAGACCCGGAGGACACACUUCGUGCACACCGGUCCCGGGAACGUACCUUUAUAUUUGACACAGUGUUUGACCAGCAUGCAUCUCAGGAAGCUGUUUAUCAUGCCACCAUCCAGCAUUUAGUGGAGGGCGUCAUCUCUGGAUACAAUGCGACAGUUUUUGCCUAUGGCCCCUCAGGUGCUGGGAAGACCCACACCAUGCUGGGCAUGGACGCGGAGCCUGGCAUCUACUUGCAGACCCUCACUGACCUCUUCCAGGCCAUCGAGGAGACCCAGGACAACAUGGAAUAUAGUGUGUCUAUGUCUUACCUGGAGAUUUAUAACGAAGUCAUCCGUGACCUCCUGAAUCCAUCUUCUGGGUUUCUGGAGCUGAGAGAAGAUUCUAGAGGCAGCAUCCAAAUUGCAGGCAUCACAGAAGUAUCCACCUCAAAUGCUCAAGAGAUCAUGCAGCUACUAACCAAAGGCAACCGGCAGCGUACCCAAGAGCCCACAGCUACCAACAAGACUUCAUCCCGCUCCCAUGCUGUACUGCAGGUCACUGUGCACCAGAAAAGCCGAGGUGGCGACCUGGCAGAGGAAGUGCGCCUCGGGAGGCUCUUCAUGGUGGACCUGGCAGGCGCAGAGCGUGCAGCCCAGACUCAGAACCGAGGCAAGAGAAUGAAGGAGGGCGCACACAUCAACCGCUCCCUGCUGGCCCUGGGCAACUGCAUCAAUGCACUCAGCGAGAAGGGCGGCAGCCGCGCUCAGUACGUGAACUUCCGCGACAGCAAGCUCACGCGCCUGCUGAAGGAUGCCCUGGGAGGCAACAGCCGCACAGUGAUGAUUGCUCACAUCAGCCCAGCCAGCACAAGUUUUGAGGAGUCAAGAACCACACUGCUCUAUGCCUAUAGGGCAAAGAAUAUCAAGACAAGGGUCAAGCGCAAUCUGCUGAACGUCUCCUACCGCAUUGCACAGUACACUGACGUCAUCUCUGACCUGCGCAGGGAAAUUGAGCACCUCAAGUCAAAGAUUGAGAAGCAGGAUAAAGAGAAGAAAAGUGACCCCAACGUCCUGGAUAUACAAGUCACCAUCCCCCAUGAUGCAGAGGAGGACAGUCGUCUACAGAUGAACAAGAUCCGGGCACAGCUUAUCGGGGCUUUCAAGGAGCAGAUGGAGAUGCGGCGCAGCCUGGUGGAGCUGGAGAAUACCAACAUUGAGCUGCACAUAGACAUGUCUCGCCACCUACUAACCAUUGCAGACUGGGAGCGAGAGAAGACCCACCACCAAGCAAACACGGACAAUGGUGAGAAGGAAGAGGAGCCCGCGGAUGCUGACGGAGAGGAGGCUGAGGCUUCCGAGCCCCCGGAGGUGGCUCUGGCCAGAGAGGAGGUGAACCUGCUCUUGGCUGAACAGCGGAAAACGGCAGCCCUCAAGGCAGGACUAGAGCAGCGCCUGGCCCAUGCCAAGCAGAAGGCCUCACAGAUGGAGAAGCUGCUGCCCAGGCAGGUGACCAGGGAGGAGCAGCGGGAGGUGCUGCAGCUGCUGUGCAGGGCGCACGAGCUGGAGGUGGAGAACACAGAGCUGCAGGCGGACAACCUGUGCCGCAGGAACCUGCUGGGCCAGAAGGACUUCGUGAUCCAGCGCUAUCACCAGCACCGGAUGCUGUGCGAGCAGGUCAUCCAGGGGCAGCGGCAGCUGAUGAAGGACAACGGCAUUUCAGCCCCGGAACCUCUGGAGCAGCAGUACCGACUGUUCCUCCGGGAACUGGGCGAGGGCACAUUGGACCGCCUGCUGCUGCAGCUCUCAGUGAUGUCCAGCUCCAUCCAAGAUGGUCCCAUUAUGAACGUAUCACCCCCACCACCUGAGGAGACCAGUGGAGAGCCUCCAGGUGACAGGCGGGACCUCCCAUGGGGUGCCACAUUUGAGCUGCCCCAGAUGUUCCUGGAGAGAGACAGUGAUGGGAACAGGUCUUCAAAGAACACUCCAUUGUGGAGGUUUGGAAAGCAGGACUCCCUUCUCCCUCCUCCAGCCCUCCGCAUCCUGCUGACACCCCCCAUGCUUGAGAAGCCCCAUGCUCUAGGAGCCAAGAGCCUGGUCUCCAGACUGCAGCCCACAGCUGGCUUGGAGCUGAGAACCUCACAGCCAGCAGGAGAGAUGAGCAGCCCCCCUCUGAGUGUCCAGGCCCUCAAAGAGAUGGCCCUGGGUACCAAGAGCAUUGCCCUCAUAGCAGCCAGCCGCCGCUGCAAAGUGUAUGACAAAGAGGGCAGCUGCCUGGACUCCAGGGACCCCAGCCCUGCAGACUGGAGGUGGCCCCAUGCCAGCCCCAGCAGGGACCGCUCUGUGGAGAGGAAGACAGGGAGGAAAAGGUCACCCUCGUUCACCUGGAGCCUGCAACAAACGACAGAGAAACACCAGCCCUCUACGGAACAUCCAUCUGAGAGCCAGCUGUCCCCAGCACACCUCCAGCCACCAAAGCCAUCAGGGAAGAGCUUUUUCCCUGCUGUCCCUGUGGCCUCCAAGAUGAAACCCAGCCUCAGUUUUCAUGCAGAUGAAAACACGCUUCAUGUGCCGGAGGUCAGCUUCACCUUCCCCAGCGCCAUGUGGCAGAGCAACGCAGCCCCAAGCCGGCCUCCCCUCCUGCCACGUGACAUCCGAGGGUCGACAGACAGCAGAGGCCGGCGUCACAGCCCUCUGCCACCCAACAAUCCUCCCAAGCUCCAGGGUGCCAGUGCCAAGAGACCAAGGCGUCCUAAGUAGAUGGCAGCAGGAGCUGGGGACCUGGAAGGCCGAGAGUCCUGGGGACCCCAACACUGGACCAGAGAUGGAGAGUGGUACAGGACACAGGGGUCACCUCCAUGGCAAAGGACCUGUCCAAGACCCCCAUUUUGUCUUUGGGCCUUUCUUGGAUCAUUACAGUUGCUGAGGAUGCCCCCUGGGAUAUCCCUGGAUUCCGAUGACUGACAGCCCAUGGCUCACACUCAGGCUGUAGGGGUCCCUGGGGGAGGGCUGAGCACCCUCAGAUGGGAUGGAAGAAUAUGUCCCCAUCACCACCACUGAGCAGUCUGCAGGUGGUUCUGGGGGUGCCAGCACCAGGGGAAACAGGAUGGCUUUUUUCCUCCAAGCUCCCACAAAGCUUCCCAAGCUGUCAGCCAUGCAGACAGGGGAGCUGACGAUGGUGGGGAGGCAAGAGUUGAAACAGCCAAGGCCCGUGAGAUCUGUCUGCUUUGCUUUUACUGGGACCUGUGCGGGGAGGACCUAAGAGGCUUGGGAGUUUGGGUCUAUUGAUACGUUUUAUUUGAGACAGGGUCUCAUGUAGCUCAGACUGACCUUGAACUUGCAGUGUAGCUGAGGAUGACCCUGAACUCUUGAUUGUCCUGCCUUCCUCUCUCAACUUUUCAGAUUAUAAGCAUGGGCCAUCAUACCUGGUUUAUGUGGUGCUGGGGAUGGAACCCAGGACCCUAUGUGUGAUAGGCAAGUACACACCCUACAAACUGCCACAUUUCCAAGGCUUUCUGUCUUAAAAAAAAAAAAUGGCGGGGGAAAAAGAGGACACAAAAUUGAGUUCCAUGUUGACAAGACAUUGCCUUGUCUGUUUUUUGUGUUUGAAUUUUGAGAUGUGGGCAGGGUGGCGGGUAGAGGGCUAGGGGCGGGGUGAUCAGGCUGAACAGGCCAGGAGAACACAGUAGUCAAUAGAUUUCUUCUGUGGUUCCUGCCUCUGCCUCUGCCUCUGCUUGAGUUCCUGCCCCAUCUUCCCUCAAUGAUGGCUGACAGCUAUCAGCUGAAAUAAAUCCUCUCCUGCCCAA